GCUCGAAGGCGGGAAGCGGCCAUGGAGGAGGCGGCGCUGAGGUGAAGGAGCGCGGCUGCGGCUCUGAGGGGAUUUGGGUUAUUUUGGGAUUUGAGCUGGGAAAAAUUCCAAUAAUUGGGAAAACACUCGAUCAAGGUUGUCCCAAACUUGGGGAGGUUUGACUGGAGCUCUGGAGGAGCCAUGGCCGAGGGAACCCCCCGGAAACGGAGCCGGGAUCCCAACAGCUCCUGCUCAGCAUUCCAGACCCCGGUGCCCAAACGCUUCCGGGGUUUUCCCUCCCCAUCCCGAAAAUCCCGGGAUAAACUCUUCGCUUCCCAAAUCCAAUGGUCUCCCAGCUCCGAUGAGGAAACCAAGGAAAACAAGGCUUUUCCAGGGAAAGCAGCGCAUUCCAGGAAAUUGGAAAUCUCCCUCGUUCCCACGGCUGGAAAACGGGAAUCUCCUGGGAAAUCCCAAAAAUCCCACGUUCCUGUGGGGGUUUUUUAUGGGAAGGGCGGGACCUACCUAGAUCCUCUGGAAAGGAAACGGCUGCGGGAGCUGCAGGGAUCGGGAGACGGGAACGGGGCUGGGAAUCUCCUGGAAAAAAACAGGAAUUCUAGGAAUUCCAGCAGGAAUCCCAGCARGAAUCGCRGYUCCAAGGGCAAAACCAAGCCCAGRCRGGAUCRYCACAGCGUUCCCAAAGGYGGGAAGGAGAAGGGAGCGAUUCCYGAGGGGAAGGAAAAUGGGAAUUCCGGGAAUUGCGUGGUGCGGAAAAAGGUGGAAUGGCCGCUGAGGGUGCUGAGCACGGGAGUGAGGCCGGCGCUGAGGCUCCCKCUGGGAUCCGCCUUCUUCAGCAGCGGGAAAAGAUCCCAUUCCCGAAAAAACCCCGGAGAUCCCAAAAGCGGCGGCAGAACCACGCAGGAAACGGCUCCGGAAAAGCUGGAAAAAUCGGGAUCGGCGGGGAAAAGUGAAACCGUGGAGGAAAAAGGGACUUUGGGAAGGAUUCCGGAGCAUCAGGAAGAGGAGAAGGAAAAUCGGGAAGAAUCUGUGGGAUUUGGGAAUCUGGGAGAGGCUGCCCAGGGAGGAAAAACUCCCGAGAAAAGCGGGAAUGGAUCUGGAGAUUCCAAGGUUGGAGCAGCCGGAAGCAGCGCUGAGGAGAACGAGGUGAGCUCUCCCUCCCAGGCCGGGCUCUAUCCCAUCUUUAUUCCUGGAUCCGGCAGCAGGAGGAGGCCUCUGGACGAGCUCUCAUCUCCCUUUGGGAUCAGCCCCUCUGGAAAAGCCUCUCCCAGCUCCCAGAAAAGCCGGAAAACCAAGGAAUUGUCCCAAAAUUCCCAGGAUCAGCUGAUCAUUGAUGCUGGCCAGAAGCAGUGGGGUGCCCAGCAGUGCCCAUCCUGUGGGAUGCUCUACGCCCCCGACAGCCCCGAGGAUCGGCUGCAGCACCUCCGGUACCACCAACGGCUCCAGGAGGGGCUGCGCUACCUGGGCUGGAAGAAGGAGCGAGUGGUGGCGGAAUUCUGGGAUGGGAAAAUYGUCCUGAUCCUUCCUGAAGAUCCCAAAUACGCCGUCAGGAAGGUACUGGGAAUUCCUGCUGGGAUUGGCCUUGGAACUGGGCCUGACCCCAAAAUUCCAAUGGGAUCUGAUCCCUAA